GUCGUGGAGUGAAGCUCCGCUGCUCUCAAUGAAAGAGGGGGAGAACAGUAAUGCAGAGGGAUGUAAGAUGGCAGAGCUACAAAUGUUGUUAGAGGAAGAGAUACCGGCUGGAAAAAGAGCGCUUGUGGAGAGCUACCAAAACCUUUCAAGGGUUGCGGAAUAUUGCGAGAAUAAUUAUGUGCAGGCACAAGACAAGAGGAAAGCCCUUGAAGAGACCAAAGCCUACACCACCCAGUCGCUGGCGAGCGUAGCCUAUCAGAUCAAUGCCUUAGCCAACAAUGUGCUACAGCUGCUGGAUAUUCAGGCUUCACAGCUGCGUAGGAUGGAGUCUUCCAUCAACCAUAUCUCUCAGACUGUGGACAUUCAUAAAGAAAAAGUUGCCAGACGAGAGAUCGGGAUCCUCACCACCAACAAAAACACAUCUCGGACCCACAAGAUCAUUGCUCCUGGCAACAUGGAGCGACCUGUGCGCUACAUCAGGAAGCCCAUAGACUACACCCUGCUGGAUGAUGUGGGUCACGGUGUUAAACAUGGGAAUAACCAGCCUGCUCGGGGAGGUGGAGGAACAUUAUCCAGGACCAACCCACCCACACAGAAGCCCCCCAGCCCACCCAUGGCAGGGAGGGGUACACUGGGACGAAACACUCCGUAUAAGACCCUUGAGCCAGUCAAGCCUCCUGUGGUGCCUAAUGACUACAUGACCAGUCCAGCACGUCUGGGCAGCCAGAACAGCCCUGGACGCACGGCUUCACUCAGCCAGAGACCCAGAACACACAGUGGCAGUAGUGGGGGCAGCGGCGGUCGAGAGAACAGCAGUAAUAGCAUGGGAAUCCCUUUGGCUGUGCCAACACCCUCACCUCCCAGUAUGGCACCAGUUCCUCCAGGUCCAGGUUUGGGUCCGAUCCCCAUGUCUCAGUUUGGGACGAUCUCUCGACAGAUCUCCAGGCACAACUCCACCACUUCCUCCUCCACCUCCAUGGUGUCAGCUACUGGCACCUACCGCCGCGCCCCCGCCAGCUCCUCUCAGUUUUCUGUGUCUCAACCACACCUGAACGGAGGUCCCACACACCCCCAGAACACAAUGUCUGUCGCUCCACCGCCUACACCCAUGGUGCAGCUAACGCCUCAGAUUCCCCUCACUGGCUUUGUGGCCAGAGUUCAGGAGAACAUAACAGACAGCCCAUCUCCACCUCCUCCUCCUCUACCUGAGGACACGCCCCUGUUUGAGGAAGCAGCUCCGCCCCCUCCACCUCCACCUGUGGAUUACGAUGAAGAAGACCCAGCCCUGGUGCAAUACAAUGACCCGUAUGCUGAUGGAGACCCCCACUGGGCCCCCAAGUCCUUUAUAGAGAAGGUGGUGGCCAUCUAUGACUACACAAAGGACAAAGAUGAUGAGCUUUCCUUCAUGGAGGGCGCCAUCAUCUACAUCAUCAAAAAAAAUGAUGACGGCUGGUUCGAGGGCGUGUCUAAUGGCGUGACUGGACUGUUUCCUGGCAACUACGUCGAAUCCAUCAUGCACUACGCUGACUAACAUCAACUCACCGAGACAAAGCGGCCAAUCAGUUACAAACAUUGCAAAGUGCAUUAGGAUAUGACUGAAUGUUUUUUUUGUCCAAUCGCCAAUGUAUCUAAGCAUCUACAAUGCUCUUUUUUUAAGGAAAGAGAGCUUGUAAUGCAUUUACACAGAAUAUGAAAAGAAACAAUCAGAUCUCUCUUCUCUCUGGUUAGGUUGCCAUAUAUAUUUUGUACAUAUAAUACUGUGGGAAAUUGCCUGAAGGGUUGUUGUUGUUUUUGUGUGUGUUUGGUCAAUGUACUGAGACCCAUGUUUGGCAAGUUUCAGCUAAGGCUAGUUAGCUUCUUUUUUUUUUUUCACUCAGCUGUCAAGCUAUUCCUUUAUGUCAGGAAGAAAUGUUUGAAUGUCAUUUCUUAUAUGAUAUUAUGCCUGGUAAAGAAAAUGACAAUUAUUUCUUGUUUAGCUUUUUGCCUUCAGGACUUGCUGAUUUAAUUUUACCUCUCAUGGCUGUAAGGUGAGGGUAAAGACAGAUGCAGAAAUGUGCAGAGAUUCUCCUUUAUAUCAAACUAAACACCAUGUUUGUGAAUCUCUAGAAGCAUGUCAAAAGCAUGUCUGGGUCAUAUUCUAAUCCAAAAGUCACAGGAAAGAAUUAUGAAAUUAUAUUUUGCUUAAAGAAAAAGUCUGUUAUUAGGACGAUUAAGCUGUUUUGCAGUGCAAUAUUUUUUCAUGACAAUUAAGCACAUUUCCACCCCUAAUUCUCAUUACAGUAAUGCAAAAUUAAUGAAUAAUAAUAGUGGUAAAAUUUCAUAAUGAUAAAAAAUAAUGGCAGUAUUUGUUGAACUUCCUCUAAUAUAUACUAAUU